GACGGCAUUUUAUACAUUUUAGCACCAACAUUCGCACCAUGUUCGUUUAUAUAUAAUGGCAGCCACUUUAGCGGAGGAAAUAACAAAGCACUCUGUUCACACACUUGUAUUUCGUUCUAUUAAGAGAACACACGAUUUAUUCUUAGCGGAUCAUGCUUUGGCUGUUCCACAAGACAAAGAGGCUGAUGAACUGAGAAGAAAACUCAAAAUUCACGCAGAAUACUCACACUUAAAAGAAAAGCAAGCAAACCAAAAUAUCCACAAUUCACAGCAUUAUUUGGCAAUUGAAAAUAAUAAAGGUUUAACAGAUGGCUCAACAGCAAAUCAAAGACAUCCUGCUGCAUUAGCAGUCAAUCAAUCAUUAGCUCGUUAUCCUUCAGAUCAAAUAUCUGAAAACAAUCAAUAUGCAGCUGGGAUUCAAGAUAUUACAAAUAAAGCUCUUUCUUCAGGUGGUUUAGAGCGUAUUGCUCCUCCAAAACGUGCUCUUGCUACAACUGGUGAAAGUAAAGUUCCUUUUUCUCAUGGAAUGAUUGCUCGAAAAGCAACUACUAUGCCUAAACCUACCUGGCAUGCUCCAUGGAAACUAAUGAGGGUUGUAAGUGGCCACACAGGCUGGGUGAGAUGUGUGGCUGUUGAGCCAGCAAACCAGUGGUAUUGUACUGGGUCAGCUGAUAGAACAAUAAAGAUAUGGGAUCUUGCUACAAGCAAAUUAAAGCUUUCAUUAACUGGACAUAUAAGUACAGUGCGUGGGGUGGCAGUGAGUACGCGCCAUCCAUAUUUAUUCUCGUGUGGUGAAGACAAAAUGGUAAAAUGUUGGGAUCUUGAAUAUAAUAAGGUUACUCGCCAUUAUCACGGUCAUUUAAGUGCAGUUUAUUCACUUAGCAUUCAUCCAACAAUUGAUGUUCUUGUAACUGCUGGAAGGGAUGCUACUGCAAGGAUAUGGGAUAUGCGGACUAAAACUUGCGUGCAUACCCUUGUUGGUCAUACAAACACUGUUGCAGAUGUUAAAUGUCAAGGUGUUGAACCACAGAUUGUAACAGGAAGCCAUGAUUGUACUAUACGAUAUUGGGAUGUGGCAUCUGGUAAAUCCAUAACUACGUUGACUAAUCAUAAAAAGAGCAUCAGAUCUAUUGUUAUUCAUCCUACUCAAUAUACAAUGGCUUCAGCAUCUGCAGACAAUAUAAAACAAUGGAAGUUUCCAGAAGGUAAUUUCAUCCAAAAUCUCGGAGGUCAUAAUGCUGUUCUUAACUGUAUGGCAAUUAAUUCAGAUAAUGUUUUGGUUUCUGGUGGCGACAACGGAAGCAUGCAUUUUUGGGAUUGGAAGACUGGAUACAAUUUUCAAAGAGCACAGACGCUUGUUCAGCCAGGAUCCCUAGAUAGUGAAAGUGGCAUAUUCGCAAUGACUUUUGAUCAAAGUGGUACUCGAUUGUUUACUUGUGAAGCAGACAAGACAAUCAAAGUUUACAAAGAAGACGAUGAAGCUACCGAAGAAACGCACCCUAUUAACUGGAGACCGGAUAUCAUUAAAAGGAAGAAAUACUAAAUAACUGCAAACUUAAAUGUUAAUAAUAUAUCUUAAUACUUACAUUAGUACUAUGAUAUUACAAUAUAUAUUAAAAGUCUUCAUUACCUUGGCGAUUUUAACGAAGCAGUCUACAAAUUAAAAAUAAAAUAUGUAAGAAAUUCUUGAUCCUCAUUAACGCAGAUAAAAAUAAUUUUUUUUGCGUUUAUUACUGGCAAAAUAUUGAAUUGAAAUAAAUUUAAAUUGAUUAAUGUA